AUGCGCGGGCCCGCGCGCGCGCCCGAGAUCGCGCGCGAGGACGUCCGCGCGGUGGGUGACGCCGUGGUAUCGUUGCGCGCGCUCGGUGCGCGCGAGGCGUCGAUCGGAAAGGUGACGGGACGCGCGUCGACGGAUGAAUGGCGCGAUGCGCGCGCGGGGGCGUCGGGCUUCGCCCUGGAUUUGCGGCUGUGGACGUUCCGUGCGCGCACGCAAGCGGUGCGCGCGCUCGGGGCGUGCGCGAGAGACGCGUGUGGAGGGUCGACGGUGCCGUUCAGGGAUGGAUUUGAACGGUUCUGUGCGCGCGUGAGGUCGAGCGAGGCGCCGCGCGGCGCGGCGUGGCGGGCGCACCGCCUGGGCGGAUGGCGCUUCGACCUGCGGGCGCUGUACGACGCGGUGCGAUCGAGGGGUGGACGAGGGAAGAUCGAGGGGAACGCGAUGUGGCGCGACGUCGCGGAGGCUAUCGGGGCGCACGGACGGGGGUGUCGAGCCGGACACGCGGCGAGAAGGCUGUACGACCGCUGGCUCGCCGCGUACGAAGGCGCGACGCGCGCGGAGGAAGACGCGCGAUUGGCGAGCGAAUACGUCGCGAACGCGAAAACGUUGACGACGGCGGACGAAGAGGUGAUCGAGGCGUUGAUCGGUCUGGUUCAAGGCGCGAGCGGAGACGCCCCGAUGCGGGUCAAGGUGGAAAAUGGUCUGGAUCACAUCGCGCACGAGUUAAACGCCGACGGGAACGGGGAGGACGCCGAGUGCGCGGUGUGCGGCGCCCCGGGGGACGAGGACGCGAUGAUCUUGUGCGACGGAUGCGAUCGAGGGUCGCACAUGUACUGCCUGACGCCGAAGAUGACGGAGGUACCGAGUGGGGAGUGGUUCUGCGCGCAGUGCGAGGAGAUCGAUCGCGAGAUCGAGCUGUUGAGCGCGGACGAGGGGACGACGUUUACGCUCGGAGCGUUCAACGAGGCGUGCAUAGAGUUCGACACGGCGUUCUUCGGCGAGGACGCCAAGCGCACGGGGAUCAGCAUGCAGGUCAUCGAGGAGUGUUUCUGGCGAAUGGUCGAGGACGCGAGCUCGGCAGACGACGUGUGCGAAGUGAAGUGCGGGACAAACAUCGACACGACGAAGCACGGAAGCGGGUUCCCAAGACGAAACGAGACGCCACAGGUGAAGAUGGACGGGGUCGACGCUGAAGAUUACAAGCAAUGGGUUGAAUCACCGUGGAACUUGAACAACGUCGCGCGCGCCGAGGGCGAACGCGAGUCGGUGCUCGGGGCACUCAAGGAUGACGUCGCCGGUGUGACGACUCCAUUUCUCGAAGUCGGCAGCACGUUUAGCUCAACCACCUGGCGUCAAGAGCGCCAUGGUCUGUACGGGAUCAAUUACAAUCACUGGGGUGCCGCGAAGACGUGGUACUGCGUUCCGGCGAGCGCCGCCGAUAAGUUUGAGGAGUGCUUCAAGACAAUUUUACCAGAUGUCUACGAGGCGCACGCGAACGACUUAGGAGGCGUCUUUACCAUGAUCUCGCCGACGACGCUGUUAUCGCGAGGCGUUCCCGUGUACAUGCUCGAACAGUAUCCGGGCGAGUACGUCAUAACGUUUCCGGGAGCUUACUACGCGACUUUCAACUGUGGAUUGAACUGCACAGAGAGCGUAAAUUACGCGCCACCCGAGUGGCUCGCCAUCGGUUCCGAGCGCGUUGAGAAGGAUCGCAUUCAAGCCCGCCCCGCGUUAUUUAGCCACGAAGAGUUGAUUUGUAGGGCGGCGGAGGAUCCCAGCGCGAACGUGGCUCUGCACCUAUGGCCGGAGAUUUCUCGCGUGCACGCAGAAGAGGCCAGUGCGAGAGCCAAGCUCAUCGAAUCCGGCUUGUUCAUGUGCACGCAGAUCGAAUCCGCGGAGGACGAAGAGGGUGGAUUAGGUACGUCUCGAAAGUUUCGUUCGAGAGACGGUGAAUCGAGCUCGGUGAGCGACGAAUGCUUCGAGUGUCGCCAUUGCACGUACUCGUCUUACGUUAUCUGUGAGACUUGCGACUCAAGCAAAAAGGCUUGCUUGCGACACGCCGAGGGUCUUUGCGAUUGUGCGAUGAGUUCGAGGAGAAUGUUCUACCGUCAAACAAUCGCAGAGUUAGAGAAGCUGGUGAAGAAGACAGAGAAGGCGAUUCCAUCGAAGGAAUUCGCGAGCCUUAAGUCUAAGCAUGCCAAUUUCAGUCAGACGACGACGAGUGCGAACCACGCGAAGAAAGCGCAGGCUUGGGUGAAGCAAGUGGGCGACGAUCUGAAUAAGCUCCCCUUGCCUCCCGCUGAUAAGCUGAAGAAACUCUUAACAGACGGCGAGAAGUUCGCCUGGGGUGGGUCGGACAUGAGUGUGGCUCGCGAGGCGCACUCGCGCGUUGUCAACGCUAUCGCUUGGCAAACGAGUCUCGCCUCACUCAAACAGCGAAUCAAUUCUGGACGCGGAGCAGAGGCCGCGCACGAUGACAGCAGCGCGGCUCGAAUCGGUCUCAAUCGAUUGAAAGAGCUACUCGAUAACCCACCGGUGCCAAUGCCGAAGGCUGAGACGCAACCUUUCCGUGAUUUGCUUGCUUCGGGCGUCAAGUUAGAGGAACGCAUCAAAGCGACGCUCGCAGAGGAGCCGAACCCAGCGCCUCGCGCUUGCACGGCGCUGCAGAGCGAAGCGAAUCGGUUUGGUGUGGAGGUUCCGUCGUAUAAAAAGCUCGAGGAUGCUAUCGCGAAGGCUGGCGCUUGGUCAACAAAGGUGCGAAGCGCGUUGCCGGGACGACGACAGAUUGCGCAGCGAGACGAGCUGGCCAAUGCAAGGGACAUCGAGGUGUUGUACGAAGAAGCGAGCGGUUUGCCAGUGCAGCAGAGCGAGUUGCUGACUGUGCGUAAGGCCAUAGAGGAACUGAGUUUCUGGCGCGCUAAGUCAGAGUCCUUGUUUGUCACAAAGGUGGACAUCAAAGACGCCGAGGCCCUUCUCAAGGAAGGCAUGGGGUUAUCCACCAAGCUCGAUGAGGUCGAUGAUCUCGCACGCCAGAUCGCAGCCGUCAAGGUCUGGGCAGAUCGCGCGCGCGCGAGUGAUCAUCCACAAUCGCGGGUGAGAGACAUGCGUCUAUUGCUCGAGGAGGGUGAAAAGUUCUCCGUCCACAUUGACGAAGUUGACUGGUUGCGAAACCGCAUCGUCGUCCGAGAAUUGAUUGAUAACUUGAAGGAGAUGAUCUUCUCCAAGAAAUGUCCCUUGGCUGAGCUCGAAACCGCGGUGAAAACCGGUAAUGAAUUCUUAGAUUCAGACGACAAGGAGGUUGCACCGGAUGAGGAGGCACUUCUGCAGCAAUGCGAGACGCACAUCAAGACGGCGAAGAAAUGGAACGAGCGAGCGGCGGCGAUAGUCAAAUCUCUCGGUGGCAAGAACAAGCCGUCUUUAGACGAUGCAACGUCGGUGAUUCGUGAAGGAAACGCUAUUCCAAUUGUUUUGGACGGAUUCGAAGCUCUUUCAGAGGCCGUGAGUGUGGCAAAAUCUUGGUUGGAUCGAGCUCAACCGUGCUUGAAGGGCAAGCAGUUGACUCGUCGCGGCGUUACGAAUCCGAUUCCACCGUUUUCUGAUGCUCAACAGCUCAUGAAGGAGUCCGAGUCACUGAAGCUGUUUGUGAAGGAGGUGGAGAUACUCGAAGAGCGCGUUGAGGCCGCCGAAGAAUGGGAAGAGGAAGCGAAGGACGCCAUCGAGCGCUGGCGCGAUGACGGAGCGGAAGUCACCUUGACAGAGCUCGAACUCGCUCACGAAGAUUUCGGUCUGGAGUUACCGGCGAUGGCGAUGCUCAAGGUUCGCAUUAGGUCGCUCAAAUGGGAGGAUCGCGUCUCCAAGAUUAUUGCGCCGAAGGCGAAGCUCGUCGAAGACACCGUGUUGGACGAGCUGAGGGAAGAGAUAGACUCGCUCCAAGAUCUAAAGCAAGACCUUGUCGAUGAAGUUGUCAGGCGACACACCAUCGUCGAUGAGUGGCGUAAGAAGGCUGAUCGUUUACUUGACCCGCCCCCUCUCGAGGACGGACGUCUGGCUCCGAGCGCGUCGCCGGAUGAAAUCGAUGCUCUAAUUGCUGAAGGCAAGGCGCUUCCGGCGAACGUCUCGAAGGUUGAAGACUUGGAGGCUUCAUUGGCCGAUCACGCCGUGUGGGUCGAAACCGUUCGCAAGUGCCUCAACAGCGUCGCCGAGGGGCGCCCUCGUCCAUCGAUUGAUGAGCUCUACGAGUUGUUGGCGGAGGUUGAGGACUUGACCUUCAAAUGUUCAGAGAGGCAGGCGUUGACGAAUGCAUGCAACGCCGCGACCGCCUGGACGGAAAAGCUCAACGCGCUUCUUUGGUCUAACGAGCAGGGUGAGUCGGCUCAGAAGACAGAGAAGAGUCUCACGGAGAUGCUCGAGAUCGUUCUCGAAUCCGUCAAGGCUGGGAUAGAGGACAUCACCGGAACUGGCGAGCCUCCAGAGACGGAGGAGGGUCAGUUCUGCCUCUGUCGACAAGCGGGCGGUAUCCAAAUGGUCGGUUGUGACGACUGCGGGGACUGGUAUCACUUGAAGUGCAUCAAUGUGACUCCGACGAUGGCGAAGACGAUGCACAACUACAUCUGUCCGCCGUGUGUCGCAAAGAGCGGUGGAGCAAGCGCGCUCUCCUUGGAUGCGUAUCGAUCGGUGCAUCGCACAAACCGACCGAACGUGAUGCUUUUGAGAGACCUGCUCACCGAAGCGCAACGAUUCCCAGGCGAGGUUCCCGAAGAAGCGAUUUUGAACCAGCUCAUCAACACGCACGACGCGUGGAGACUCGAGGCUCGCAAGACGGUGCAUCGCAAGAGUAUGAAAGAGGCACACGAAAAUGCAAUCAAGCACGCCGCGCGUAUCGCUCAGGAAGCGGCGACGCGCGAGGCAGAGGAGCGUACGCGGCGGAUCGCCGAGGCCGCUUUCACGGCGACUAUGGAGAAUCCGAAUCCGAACCCCUCACUCACGCCUCUGCAGCAAGUCAUGCUCAUGGGUCAAGCCGUGACGUUCGCGGCGACGCAGCGCUCUCACGCGCUCAAUAUCUCAAAAACAUCGUCCGAGAUCACGGAAGUCGUCACGAAACAGCUCAACGAACUGCAACAGCUCGCGAUGCAGCUCGCAAUGUGUCAAGCGCAGAUUCACAUGGCGCCCGUUCGCUCCAGGCCUCACAUUCUUCACGUGCUGAUGAUGAUGGAUCGUCACGCGCAGAUGACGAAGGAACACGAGGACGAGCUGACCAAGGUAGGUGCCAACGAUUGGCUCAUGAAUGCGACUCUUCAGCUCUCUGGGUUCAUACCGUCUAUGCCGCAGGAGGCGAGCGUGGAGUCUGCGUCCAAUGGGAACGGAUCGAGCGAGCAAACCAAGGCACCACUGCUCGACCAGCAGCAAAUUGAGCAACAGCAACAGAUGAUGCAGCAGCAGAUUAUGCAACAGCAUCAGAUUGAGCAACAGCAACAGAUGAUGGGCACCGAGUUGCCACCGGCCAUGAAGCAAGAGAUGGACAUGGGCGUGACGAUGGAAGUUUCCAGAAAUGACAACGUCGACCCAGCUCUGCAAGUGUACGCGGGCAUGAAGGGCGCGCUCGCAAUGGAGUUGGAACCGGUGGAGGAGACUUUGGCGCUCAUGCGUGAAGUGUGUGGUCCGGCGUGGAGAGAGCAAGCGACGAGAUUGAUGACUGGCACGCCGUUCCCGCGGCUCGUAAAGCUUCAUGAAUUGAAGGAAUCCGCCGUCGCGGCGGGUCUGUGUCCGGGCGCUGGCAUCGAUCCCUUGGCUGACCGCGCGCACGCGUUGGAAGUUGCCGGGCAGAUUUGGCUCGAACGCGCGGCUGCCGUCGUGCAGGACAAGACGAUUCCCAUCGAAGCGGCGCAGAUGUUGCUUCAAGAGGGACGAUCUUUACCGCUGUAUCUCAAGGAUGAACUUGAGGAGUUGGGCGAGCGAUGCGAAUUGUACUGCGUGUGCCGCAGCGCAUACGACGCUCUCAGACCGAUGAUUUGCUGCGAUAGGUGUGACGGUUGGUUCCACUACGAGUGCAUCGGAAUGCAACCUCCGGCGCCAGGUGAAGAGGAUGAGAACGCCGAAAACGUCAAAUUUGCGUGCCCCGAGUGCUGCGCAGCGCAAGGCAUUCCGUACGUUCCUUUCCGACCAGCUCCGAGGGAGCCCGAGCAAAAGAUCGCGGUUCCUGUCGUCGUGCCCACUGCGGAAACGUCCGUUCAAGAGGCCGUACCGCCGCCGGUCGAGCCUGCGCUCGUGAAGGAACCUACGAAAAAGGUCAAGGAAGAACCGGUGGUUGACAACAAGAAGAAGCGAAAGCCGGCGGAAACGUCGCCUCCGACUGCGACACAAAACAAAAGCAGCGCGAGCAGAAGAAGACGCAGAUAA